ACUGUGUAUUCAAGACAGGUGAAAAAAUUCAUCAUAUUGUGUCGAAGCACUGUCGUUUUAUUUUCAUCAAUAUAAUAAUUAUUUUUUUUUUUUUGUUAAACUUUAAAAAAAAUAUAAAAAGAUAAUCAAUAUUGUGUAAGAAAAAAAAAAAAAUAAUAGUGAUUAUGUUAAUAAAAUAUUUAACUAAAGAAACAAUGACACUAAAUAAUUUAUUUGAUAAAAAAUUUAUAACAGUGAAUAUUGAACAAUUAUCAAAAUCAAUAAAUAAAAUUAUAAAAUUUGAAUAAAAUAAGGCUCAUGGACAAAUGGUUACAAGAUAGAAAGCUCUGGCUAUUUGGCAACACACUGCCACUACUGCCACGAAGCAAAUCUCGUGCACCGAGUAAAACAAUGGAAAGAUAUGAACGUCUUGGUCGUCUUGGUGAAGGAAGUUAUGGAAUUGUAUUUCAAUGCAGAGAUCGUCAAACUGGUAGAAUUGUUGCUGUCAAAAAAUUUCAACAAACUGAAGAUGAUCCUUUAAUUCGUAAAAUUGCAUUACGAGAAAUUCGUUUACUAAAGAAUUUAAAACAUCCAAAUUUAAUAAAUUUAUUAGAAGUAUUUAGAAGAAAACGUAAAUUACAUUUAGUAUUUGAAUAUUGUGAGCAUACAUUAUUAAAUGAAAUGGAUAAAUAUCCAAAUGGUUGUCCAGAAUUAAUGAUCAAAGAAUUAACAUGGCAAAUACUUCAGGGUGUUGCAUAUUGUCACAGACUUGGAUGUGUACAUCGUGAUGUUAAACCAGAAAAUAUAUUAAUAACAUCUGAUGGUGUUGUUAAGCUAUGUGAUUUUGGAUUUGCUAGAAUGUUGAGCCCCGGUGAAAAUUAUACAGAGUACGUUGCAACAAGAUGGUACAGAGCACCAGAAUUAUUGGUUGGUGAUACACAGUAUGAUACUUUGGUUGAUGUUUGGGCAAUUGGUUGUGUAUUCGCUGAAUUGAUCCGUGGUGAAGCACUUUGGCCAGGAAAAUCAGAUGUUGAUCAACUUUAUUUAAUCAGAAGAACACUCGGUGAUUUAUUACCAAGACACAUGGCUAUUUUUCAACAAAAUGAAUUUUUUUCUGGUGUUACUUUACCAACACCACAGUCAUUGACACCAUUGGAAACACUUUUACCAAUAACACCAAAUACACCUGCUCAUAUUGAUUUUUUGAAAAAAUGUCUUGAUAAGGAUCCAAAUCAAAGAUGGACUUGUGAUCAAUUACUUCAACAUGGAUAUUUUGAAAAUUUUAAUUUUCAAAUGCCAGAAGGUGAAAUGGAAGAAUUUGAGAAAUUACAAAAAAAAUAUAGAGAACGUUCUAGGAAUUCAACGUACAAUCAAAUGGUACUACCCCAAUUGACUUCCAAGGGUGGUGGUCAACAUGAAAGUCGUCCAAGAAGCUCAUCACUUCAUCAUCAAAAUCAAGACUUUGAUCAUUUACCAACAAUAAGAGGUUGCAAUUAAAUUUUAGACAAUUAUUGUCAUUGUAAAAUAUCAAAUUAAAAGUUUAAUUAAUAAAUAAAACAUAUAUAUAAUAUAAAGAAAGAA